CGAGGCGGAAGCAGGGAAGGAGGGAGGCCAAAGCGGAGGGCAGCGCGCGCCUCCUCUUCCCUGAGGGACUGCAGCCUCCACUGGCAGCUCUGAGGGGCGGGGCUUAGGGCUGCCUCAGGCCAGGAGAGAGCAGCAUCUAGUAAGUGCAUACAAUUAUGUACAGAGGCCCAAGGAGCUCGGGUAAUGCGUAUCCAAAAGAAGACUCUAAUGAAGCAAAUGGAUCUCAGAGUGAGAGUUUGGAUUCUGAUACCCAACACCUUUUACAAAGUUUGUCUGAAGGAAAAAUAUCACCCCGCAGGUGUAUAAACAACCGUACUUUUCUCAGUCAUAAUCGGGAAAAUGCACAGGUUCCAUGCCUGCCCAAGAAAGGCAUCAUCAGACUGAUCUGUAACUUGACAGUGCUAAGUGCGGUAGCUCCAUUUUGCCUAGUCUACAACAUCUUUACAAGAGGCAGCUGUUCUCAGAAAAUUGUGUUUUGGGUAACCUUGUCCCUCUUGGUUUUAGGUGCCUCCUACAUGGAACUGUUUGGAAAACAUACACUGCAACUGUUCGGUGAAAAAUGGAAUGACUUCUCCAUUUGCGAUCUUAUUCAGGGAAAAACGGAAGAUCUCAGGUCCCUAAUGAAGGCUAAUUACCUUUUGGGUAAAAAGGCUCUUGAGCUUCCAACUCUGAAAGAGAAUGUGGAUAACCUACAAUCACAGCUUCAAAGUCUGAGAUUGGAUAUGAAGGAUAUAAGCCAUCAUGCUGUCAGGGACGUGCUAAAAGGAUAUACGAGCAAGGGCAUUACAAAAUGGAGUGUUGAAAAGAUGCUUAAAAAAAUAAUGGAAAAGAUGGAUGAAGAUUAUGUUCAAAUGCCUGAUUAUGCCCUCAAAUCAGCAGGUGCAAGCAUUGUUCGGUCCAGAACCACCAGAAGCUACCGCCAUGAUAGAGCAAAAUACUUCUGGAAGUCAUUCGUUAUUCUUCCUUUUGUGAAGUCACCAGAUGUAAUCCUGGAGCCUAAUUGCUACCCUGGAAACUGCUGGCCAUUCCCUGGAAAUCAAGGAGAAAUUGUUGUCAGACUUGCCAGGGAAAUUAUUCCGAAAGCUGUUACAAUAGAACAUAUCUCCAAGAAAGUAUCCCCUACAGGAGAGAUCAGCAGUGCUCCCAAAGAUUUUGUGAUAUAUGGACUAAAAGAGGAGGAGGAGACAGAGGGAACUUUCUUAGGUCAUUUUGUUUAUGACAUUGAAGGAGAUAUAAUUCAAACAUUCCAAUUAAAGAAUGAAUUGCCUAACUUUAUGGGAUAUAUAAAAUUGAAUGUACUAAACAACUGGGGACAUCCAAACUACACAUGCAUAUAUCGCUUCAGGGUCCAUGGAAAUGUGGAAGACACCUAGGUCUUCUGUACUGUGAACCUGCAGGUAUGAGAAUAAAGCCAUAAUAGCAUGAUGCGAAAGUGGUGGAAACUUGCUGUGCUUCUGUGUCAAUAAAAAAAUCAGAAAAAAUAAAUGAAAA